AUGUCAAGAAAGUCUGAAGAGUCAGAUCAGAAACAACCCCAAGAAACACCCACAGAUCCUCCCGUAGACAAGUCAAACUAUGCACAGUAUGAUCGAUAUAGAAGAGAUGAGCCAGAGCAUCUUAAGCCCACUGUGAAAUCAGUUGGUAAGCACUGGUUCGAUGAGUACCCUGUCGAAGACAGAAGAAAGCAGCUUCAAGAUAGUCUCAAAGAGAAAAAGUUGUAUGAAGAACAAACGGAACAAAUUAAUUAUCACCAGUCAUACCUUAAGAAAGAUUAUAGGGAUUCUCAAAAAGAAUAUAAGUACGACCAAGCCCACAAAUAUUCAAGUUAUGAACCAAUUUUCAUGAACAAGGAUGCUCUCAAAAGUAAUGAUGAUUUUAACCCUGAUCGGCUUAAUCAGCUAAAUGCUAAGGCUCCACAACAAGAUUUUUGUCAAUCUCCGAAUAGAGAUCCUCUCCAAAGAAGUUCCCGCUUCGAGAAUAAUCCUCAUAAUGACAGUCUUGAGAAGAAGGAAUUUCACAGUUUUGGAAAGCAGAAGCCACAAAGCAAGUCAUACAACAGAAACUUAGGAAUUCACAAAAGAGCAUUUGUCAAUCAUCAACAAAGAGAUGAGAGGAGAGAGUCAGAGCGUGAAGAAAAACAAUAUGGAAGGAGUGCUUCUCACGGUUUUGAGAGAAACUUCAGAGGUAUUAAUCUCCCACAUUAUGCCCAAAACGACCCUCAAGAGACUGAGCAUUUAAACGCAGAACUCAACUUUAAUAAAUAAAAGUGUGAAUUACGACAUGUCUGAAAUAGAGCUCCCUGCCUAUUGCAAACAGCAUCCAGAUGGAAAGUUACUCUACAUUCUCACUGCUGAGCAUCAUGAUAGUGAACUUGGAUGUGCUCAUUGUGCCCUUGCUGCAAACAAGAGUAAGGCAGGAUACCAAGUUCUUGAAGUAAAGGAGAAAUUGGAGGAAUAUAUCAAUCAUGCUGACCAACUUCUCCAAAGUGGUCCAACUGAUGGAUCAAUGGAAGACCCUAAUCUCGCAACAAAAAUUACUACUGCAAAGGAUAGAGAGAUUGCUCGCAUUAGGCAGUAUUAUGACCAAGUUAUAGAAGCCUUAGCUCAAGAUAGAGAUAGACAUAUUUCUGAAAUUGAAAACCUCUGCCACGAAAAUCUGCAAGCUUUAGGUGCUCCUAAUGGCUCCAAGAAGCCAAAAGCUGACAUAAAACUAAAUAAUUUUUGAGUUGAACUUGGAAAAGUUGUCGAAGGAGUUGAUGAAACAGGUAUCCAUAUCAAAGAGCUUUGGAAGAUCAACCAAGACUACAAAGAUGUAGUCACACAGAAAUUAAGAAGUCAAAAGAAAAGAGCCAAAAUGGCAAACCCAGAACUUCUAAGUUUUGAGUUUCAACCAGCCCAGCAAGAAGUGUUAACCUCAUUCGCUGAAAGAAUUGGAAAUAUAGUUGUCCGAAAUGUGUCAUCAGACUAUUUCUCAAGUAUUCUAAAUGAUUAUACCUCCCACAAGGACAGAAGGACUAGUUCUUACCCCAGAAAAGAAGAGGAGGUGCCAACAUUUGGGUUUGGGAAUAAUGAAGAGUACCAGAAAUACUCUUAUAAGGCCAACCAAAGCAGUCAAGAUUAUGAUAAAGGUCCUUUUAAGUCAGUAUCUCCCACGAGAGACCAGAAUUACAAACUCCAAAAUGAGAAAUAUGCUGACUACAAUCCUAGAAAUAAGCAAGCUCCUAGAGAUGAUGAAGAAUAUUACUACAAAAAGGGUCAGGAACAUUAUGAAAGAGAAUGUGAAGAAGAGAAUGUUCCUAAGGGUAGCUACACUCCCAUAAUGCCUUACAACAAGCAGAGCAAGGAUAACUACAGAGAUUCAGAGCAAGACUACCAGAAUUAUAGAGGUGAAUCAAAUUAUGAAAAUUACAAGAAAGGAAUAUAUGAUCAUGCUUCUUCCCAAGUUCAGGUGCAUAACUAUCAUACAAGCUCAAAGCAUCGUAAUGAUGAGGUUCCUGACAGAGAAAUUGAAGGUAUUAAGAACAAUUAUGCCUUCGAGAAUCCUUCAGGCCAGAACAUUCAGGAACUCUAUGAAAGCUAUAAAAACCAAGCCAAGACAGAUUUGUACGUAAAAGAUCAUAACGAGGAUCUUCGAGACACGCCUCAAGCCAAACAUGAAAGAGUUGAGAUUCCUAUGAAUAAGAUAAAAAAGGCCAAAGGUGAGAAAGAGAAUGUUCUCAAAACUAUCAAGCUCAAGUUAAAAUAAUU